GAUGAAAAAAUUUAUAAAAAAUACCUUGUACUGUAUUUGCUAUUGGUUCCAAUAUAUUUGAAUUUUUACUUGCUACCGUUAAACAAGUAACAAAGUGAAAGAGUUUAUUGCAGCCCAUAACUGAGCAGUUUUUUUUGUUGUUGAAGAAUUCAUUGAAAUUUCUUUUUGAAUAUAGUUUCAAAGUGUACAGUACCUACGCCACUGCCUGCAGGACCGCCGGUGCUAAUGCCGGGCGCCAGCUAGCCGAGACUUCGCUACCCCACCUAAGGAGCCUGGAAGUACGGGCAUCUCCAGACGGGCGUUGGCCACUUCGAUGCGAAAAUUCAGAACGACAACGUCAUUUAUUCAGUCAUUUAUGUUUCAUGUAUCCGAUAGAAUUGUAUCAUUAUAAAACCCAGAAAUACAGUCCACUCACAAUUCAGUGUCUUACUUUAUUACACGAACAUUGGACCUUCGACCGGAUUCAACGAAGAAGAAUCCAGAAUACAGGAGAAUUGGUUUAGCAAGCGGCAUCAAGCGAGCAAAACAAUUCAACGUGAGAGAACCAGAGAAAGGAGUAUCCAGAAUACAGGAGAAUUGGUUCAUCAAGCGGCGUCAAGCAAGCAGAACAAUCCUGAGAACAGAGACAAACUACGAAAGCUACUACGAGAUCUGCUACGAGAUAGAUAGUGCGCAGUAAGUUUCCAUUCAUUCCUUCCCUUUCAAUACGAUAUUUCGUAGUUCGUACAAUUAUUGUUUGGAAAUUCGAAGCACAUUAUUCAUUUGCCUGUUAUUGUUUGAGGAUAAUUCCAUAUAGUCUUCUGAUCAUUGCAUGAAAUAUUUCGAAAUAUUAAGUAGAUACCUAUUUCAUAAAAUAUGUCACACUUGGAAGCUUUAAAAAAUUAUGAUUAAAAAACGCGGAGUGCUCAAGGCAAAGCUGACCUUAUUCGAAAAACACGUAAAAUCUGUGGAAAGCAGCAUUUCAUCAUCGGGAGUAGAUCGAUCGGUGAUCAUUGAAUUAGAGCAAAGAGUUCAAGAUUUGGAAGAUUUAAUACCAAAUUUUGAAGAUAUUCAAUCCGAAAUAGAUUACAGUAUCGAAGAGAACGAAGAUGAGCAGUUACUAGAACGCGAAGAAUUUUAUAAUAGAUAUUAUACGAGUACGGCAAAGGCGAAGAAGUUAAUCGAAAAAUUCAAACCGGCAGAUAGCGAUAAUAGCAGCAUCGUCAUUCAAGCAAACUCGAGUCAGAACAGUCAGAAUAAUGGUGGAAUUAAACUUCCAGACAUUAAACUUCCCAAGUUUGACGGAUCCUUUCAAACAUGGUUGGACUUUAGAGACAUAUUUGAAUCACUUAUCCACGAUAACUCAUCACUUAACGAAAUUCAGAAAUUCCAUUAUUUGAGGGCAUCACUUGUGGGUUCGGCAACACAGGUGAUCCGAGCCCUGGAAUUUAGUGCCAGCAAUUACAAGAUAGCAUGGAAAACGUUAUGUGAGCGAUUCAAUAAUAAUAAUUUGUUAGUGCAAAAUCACAUUAGUGCAAUUUUCAAUUUAGAAAAAAUAACGACCGAGUCCGCAGAAAAAAUUCGAAAUUUGUCAGACAAUCUAUUCAAACAUUUGUCAACUUUGAAGCAUUUAGGUGAACCUACCGACCAUUGGGACACUUUGAUCAUUUAUAUUUGCUCCAGUAGAUUAGAUUCGAAUUCAUCGCGAGAGUGGGAAAGAUUAAAGGCAAAACAAAGUAGUUCUUGCAGCCUAGAACAUUUUAAAAAUUUUCUGAAAGAACGAGCGGAUCUGUUAGAAAAUAUGGAAAUGAAUUUUGAAAAGAGUCGUAACGAAUCGCGUUCCGCUAACCGUUUUCGGGAAAACAAAGAUUCCAAUCGUGAAACCAAAAAUAGUUAUACAAGAAAUUUACACUCUAAUAUUCAGAACAAAAAUGAAAAUAAAAAACCCAGUUGUUUCUACUGUAAAUCUGAUCACAGCCUGUUCUAUUGCGGUGAUUUUCUCAAGUUGUCUGUUCCGGCGCGUAAUUCGAAGGUUAAAGAAAUGAAAUUGUGCAUAAAUUGCCUUCGUCCAAAUCACAUUUCCAGCGAUUGCAAGUGGUCAGGCUGCAGAGUUUGCGGAGAAAAACAUAAUAGUAUUUUACACAAGGAAACUGAAAAUAGCAAUCUUGCAUUGUCUCAACAGCGUUCGGAAGAGCAAACGCAGGAAAGCUCAGUUCAGGUGUCUAAUUGCAAUCUCGUAAACAUCCAAACGGGAAUUUUACCUACAGCUAAGGUGCAAAUACGUGAUGUAUUAGGUAAUUACGUCACAGCGCGUGCGUUAUUAGAUUGUGGCUCACAAUCGAGUUUUAUAACUUCCGAAUUUCAUGACAAAUUAAAGAUACCAAAGUCAAAGGUCAAUCUCAGUAUCUCGGGGAUUGCCGAAAAAACAAGCCACUCAAGCUUUAGAUGCAAUUUGAAAAUAAGGGCACUGUCAGAUCAUUUUAGCUUCGAUUUGAAUUGCUUCAUAUUGGAUAAAAUAACGAAUCAAAUACCGGGAUUCAGAAUGGAUCAUUUAUCCCUGAACAUUCCAAAUAAUAUAACAUUGGCUGAUCCUGAAUUUUAUAAAACACAGAAAAUAGACUUAUUAAUCGGUUCCGAUGCGUUUUGGAAUCUCUUGUGUCCAGAGAAAAUCCAUUUAAUGAAAAACGGUCCGUUAUUACAGAAAACCAAGGUUGGUUGGGUUGUAGCGGGUCCAUUCGAUACCUACAGUAACAAUACAAUUUGCAAUCUAAGCUCUCAUAGAGUCGUUCAGGAUCAACUAGCCCGAUUUUGGGAGGUUGAAGAAAUAUCCACUAAAAAACCUCUUUCUUCAGAAGAAGAAUUAUGCGAACAAUAUUUUACUGAUAGCUUGAAAAUUUCUCCGGGCGGUAGAUAUAUUGUCUCCUAUCCGUUUAAGUCUCCCACCAGCCAAUUGGGUGACUCGCGAGAAAUUGCGAUAAAACGUUUUGCGAACUUAGAAAGAAAAUUAAUCGCAAACCAAACUCUCAGAAAUCUGUAUACAAGUUUCCUACGCGAAUAUGCAGAACUAGGUCACAUGACAGAAGUGACAGAUAGUGACAGUACACUGAGCGAUCAGGAAUACGUAAUGCCCCAUCACGGUGUACUUCGCGAUACGAGCUUAACGACCCGGUUGAGAGUAGUUUUCAACGCGUCUUCUCCAUCAUCCUCAGGCGUUUCUCUUAAUGAUUUACAAAUGAACGGCCCUGUAGUACAGUCAGACAUAUUAUCCAUAAUUUUGAGAUUUCGAAUGCGAGCGAUAGCCCUCUCCGGAGACAUAAAAAUGAUGUAUCGGCAAAUAUUGGUAGAUCCCAAACAACGAAAAUUACAAAGAAUCGUAUGGCGAUCCAAUCCAAGCGAGAUCAAUCAUAGUUUUUAUAGAAUCGUAAAACAAGUUCAAAGGGAAUCAUAUCCUUCAGAAUGUUCACAGUUGGAGGCUAGGCGCGAACUUUCAACAGCAAGUAAGAUUUUGAAUUUAAGGCCAUUUUUGGAUAGUUUAGGUUUGAUAAGAGUAGGCGGUAGGUUAUCAAAUUCCAGUUUCUCCUACUCAAAAAAGCAUCCGACUUUGCUUCCAGCAAGCCACGCACUUACAAAGUUAGUUUUUCGGUUUGAGCACGAAAAUUUGUUACAUGCAGGCCCUCAAUUACUUCUAGCGAGUAUUCGCGAACAGUUUUGGCCAAUUUCCGGACGCAGUAUAGCUCGUCAAACAGUAAGAAAUUGCGUAAAGUGUGCUAGAUACUCAACGACAAGCGUACAACCCAUAAUGGGUGAUCUCCCUGCCGCUCGAGUGCAACAAUCCUUGCCAUUUGUUAAGGUCGGAGUAGACUACGCAGGUCCCUUUUUAAUGAAGGAUCGACGUGGAAGGGGUUGUAAAGUUAUUAAAUGCUGGGUAGCAGUAUUCGUUUGUUUUACCACGCGAGCAAUUCAUUUAGAGUUAAUUUUAUCAUUAAGUACCGAUGACUUUUUGCAAGCCUUUCACAGAUUUGUAAGCCGUCGUGGAAUGCCCGCAGAGGUGUUUUCUGACAAUGGCACAACCUUUGUCAAAGCUAAUAAAGAUCUUCAGUCGUUGUUUAACUUUUUCAAAGAGCAAAACCUAGAAAUUUCCAAGGCAGUAACUGAUAUGGGCAUAACAUGGCAUUUCAUACCAGUAAACUCUCCCCAUUUCGGAGGAAUUUGGGAAGCGGGAGUAAAGAGUCUUAAGAAUCACUUGAAACGAGUUUUAGGAUCAUAUACAUUUUUCUUCUUUGAUUUCCAAACAUUACUUGUGCGAAUCGAAGCUGUAUUGAAUUCCCGACCCAUUUGUCCUCUUACUUCCUGUCCUAAUGACCUUUCCCCUUUAACCCCCGCGCACUUUCUACUUGGAAGAGCAGGAACCGCCGUGCCCGAGGGUACCGUCAUGCAUCUGCCAGAAAAUCGCUUAUCCCAAUUUCAACUGGUCCAAAAGGUUUACGAGCAGUUUUGGAGCCGUUGGCAACGAGAAUACGUAAGCGAGCUACAGACCCGCCAAAAAUGGACAAGAAACACUGGUAGUUUGAACAUUGGACAACUGGUAUUAAUCAAGGAGGACAACUUACCCCCCAUGAGAUGGCGAAUGGGACGUAUUUUGGAACUUUUCUCUGGCAAGGAUGGUAUUGCUAGAGUAGCAAGAAUUAAGACAACCGAUGGAAUCGUAUCCAGAGCAUUGGUAAAACUUUGUCCACUUCCGGUUGAAAGCUCACCCGAGGACCUUUCAAGGAGGGGGGCAUGUACAGUACCUACGCCACUGCCUGCAGGACCGCCGGUGCUAAUGCCGGGCGCCAGCUAGCCGAGACUUCGCUACCCCACCUAAGGAGCCUGGAAGUACGGGCAUCUCCAGACGGGCGUUGGCCACUUCGAUGCGAAAAUUCAGAACGACAACGUCAUUUAUUCAGUCAUUUAUGUUUCAUGUAUCCGAUAGAAUUGUAUCAUUAUAAAACCCAGAAAUACAGUCCACUCACAAUUCA